AAUUUCACAUGCCAAAAGUGAAGCAUGGAUCAGCACCAGAUCCUUACGACGUUCAAUGUUACAAUCAUAUUUCUUGAAUAUCAGAAAGAAAUAGAGAACCAAAAAUCCCAAGCCUUAUCCUAGCUAGGGGUUCCUGUGUCCAAAGACAAGGGGGCCCUGGCUGGUCCUUUUCCAUUUAAAAAGUAGCAAAGCAUCCAACCUUUUGCAUCAGCUGACGAUCAUCUCAUUCUAUUACAAGUUCCCCCCAUCUUCCCUGUUGACGCAAUCCAGAUGGGAAACUGUCAAGCAGCUGAAGCUGCAACAGUGGUGAUUCAACAUCCAGGGAACAAGAUCGAGAGGAUUUACUGGUCUGUUAGUGCUCAUGAAAUCAUGAGUUCAAAUCCAGGCCAUUACGUUGCACAUGUGGUAACCUCAUCAACGUUAAAGAACGAAAAUGGCAUGCCAUUGAAGCAGCUCAAGAUCUUAAAACCAGAUAACACUUUGUUACUCGGCCAAGUUUAUCGACUUAUUAGCUUUGAAGAUGUUUUGAAGGAGUUUGCUGCAAAGAAGUGUGUGAAGCUUGGAAAACUGUUGAAAGAAAGAGGAGGGCUUGGGCUUGGGAUGGAGUUGAAGAGAAAGGAUUUGCCAAGUACUGCUUCCAAUCUGAAUCCAAAACUUAACUCGAAAUCUGAGAACUGCAGUUCUAUCAAGGUGGGGCAGGAAGUUAACAGACUGGGAAGCAAUGGUGGUGGCAGUAGCGGCAGCAGUAGGUACAUGGGAAGGCAUCAUGUUGGUGGUGGUGGUGGUGGGGGGCAAUGGAGGCCAGCCUUGCAGAGCAUUGCAGAGAUUGGAACUUGAACGCACUGCCUUCAUAUCUCUUCCAGGAUUACUGCAUGCUUCCCCUGUCAUUCUCUCCCCAGUCCCCCAACUCUCCCCCACCCAAUAAAAGGCAAACAACCUUUCACUCUUUCCAAUACCUUCAUGUGCAUUAUUCUCUUUUCCUUUUCUUUUGUUUCCUGCAUACACUAAAACGUUAUAUUAAUUAAUUUCUAGUAUUAGUUUCCACUAGAUUUUGAGGGUAGGGUUUGUGUUAGAUGUAAAACCAUUUGGUUACUUGGAAGACAAAUAUUUGUAGACAGUUGCGUGAAUUAUUG